AUGGGUGCCCGCAGGGAGACGUUUCGCUGGGGAGAUGCGGAGGAGGAAGAGGAGGGAUUAGAUUCCGUUCUCCCGCCGACGCAGGUGAUCGGACCCGACGAAAAGGGAAUUAAGAUUGUUAUCGAGUGGCGUCUUAACGAGGAGGGUCAGCGCGUUAAGGUGACGAAGAAAAUCCGCGUUAAGAAGCAACUCAAGAAGCUAAAGCCCGAGGUUAUUCGUCGCCGCAGCCUCAAGAAAUUCGGCGAUGCGGUUGGACAGGUCGGCUCGGACAAUUUCACCAUGGUCUCCACGGAGGAGAUUUUUCUCGAGCGGCCGAACCAGGCGCAGGCGAAGCAGGACGAGCAGGCGAAACCCUCCGGCGACCUGGCGGCGAUCGGCAGCGCGUCGCUUAUGGUGUGCCGCAUCUGCGGCAAGAAGGGCGACCACUGGACCUCCAAAUGCCCCUUCAAGGACCUCGCCGCGGCGCGCGGGCUCGCCGUUGGGGAGAAAUUCGACGAGGACGGCGCCGCGCCGGCGGCGGCCGCGCCGUCCGGGAAGACGUCCUACGUUCCGCCGUCGCUGCGCGCGGGCGGCGCGGCGUCGCGCGCGGGCGAGGACAGCGGCGGGAGGCGCGGAGGCGGCAGGGAUGACAGUAACUCGGUGCGGGUUACGAAUCUGUCGGAAGACACGCGCGAGCAGGAUCUACAGGAGCUGUUCGGGCCGUUCGGACCCAUCUCGCGCAUCUACGUGGCGUUCGACCGCGAGACGGGGCUCAGCAGGGGCUUCGCGUUUAUCAACUUCAUCAACAGGGAAGAUGCUGUUCGAGCAAUCAACAAGCUCGAUGGUUACGUCUCGCCCGCUUCAAUGGCUCGCACAAUCCUCCUCGCCCUCUUCGGGCUUCUCCUUAUAACAUCAGGCGCCAAUGCUUCCGCGCGCAGGGGCGGCGCGAAGGGGAGCUCGAAAGGAAGCUCCAACACCCUGUCGCUCUCCGACGCAGUAAAAGCCUCGGAGAAGGCUAAGGGCGCCGUCUCGUACAGCCAAGACCUCGUGGCGCAGCUCACGACCAAGGCCACCGACGCGAUUGCCGCCUCCGCAACCAAGGAAACCGAGGAGGAGACGGCUCUUGCCAACUACGACACCGCAGCGGACACUUUCGCAACGUCCGUCUCCGAUCUUCCCAAGGCCAACUUCAAUGCCGAUCGUAAAAAGGCCCUUCAGGCGCGCCUCGCGGAGAAGCUCAAGGCCGCAACUGCGCGGACCGCGAGUGCGAACAAAUACAAGGACGCGGUUGUCGCGUUGGAUGCCCAAGUCAUUGCUGCUGCUGGCGCUGCAAGCACGGGUUCCACCGCCGCCGCUGACGCUCUCACCGCCGCUCUUGACGCCGUCGAUGCCGCGAAUGCUGCGGCUAAGAGCGACCCCAGCCAGGCUACUCGUGCGGCAGCCGCAGAGAAGGCCGUCGCAGUGGCCGUCGCACAGAAGGUCGCAAGCGGGUGGGAAGUGCACAUGUCGACGCUGACGAACCUCCAGACGGCGUCCGCGGAUCUUAACACCGCCGCGACGACGGCAGCCGACGAUGCGGCGACGGAGGAAGGCAACAUCAAGACGGCAAAGGAGACGGCCGACGCGGAUCUCGCGACUGCUAUUUCGGAUGCUUCUGCCGCGCAGCAGGCGUACGACGCGGCGAAGCAGGCGCUCGACGCGGCGGAUGCCGCCCUGGCUCAGGUCCGCGCCGCGGUAAACAAGGCGCGCGCGACUCAGGUGGACAAGGUCAAGGCGAUGAGGGAUGCCGUGACGGGACUGUACUCGAAAAUCAUCUCGAACAUCGCCGCGUCGAAAACGUGGGUGGAUGUUACCACCGCGGCGACGCUCGCCGGGCAGAAGGACUGGGAGAGCCGCGCGUCAGGCAAGGCUGCCCAAGAUCCCAAGGCUCUCAGCAACAUGGACAGCAUCGUCAAGGGCUCUGAGAAGGGCUCCAGCGCUGGUGACUCCAGCAGCGGGGCUGUGUAA